UGAUGCGGCAAUAAAUGUACCAUAACAACUAUAACAAUAAGAACGCUCGCAAUACCUGUGCGGGCAUGGUGGCAAUCAGCGGCAACAAUAAAAACAAACCGCUGCUUACAAUCAGGACACUAAUGGAUUGGCUUUAUUUAUAAUUCAAUGAAAAUGCAAAUUUCGAAAGAAAGUUUAUUUUUAAAUAUCAGCAAUUAUUCAAUUCCAUUUACUAGUAAUCCGAGUAAUGGAUGUGAAUAGCCCAAAAACAAGCUCAAACAAAAAAAACAAGAAAAAUACAUUUAAAGGAAACAACAAAAAAGCGCACAAAAACAAUAAUAAAACAAAGAAUUGAACGUCACGAAAAGUCGUGAAACCCCAAAAACAUAUGCAACACUUGCGUACACAUUCGUACACACAAACGCCACGUAGGAGGCAAGAGCGUAAGGUGGCAAUUGCUGUGAUGCAGAAAGUAGCGGUGAAAUGCAAAGAUUCUAUAGAACAAAGAAACAUUUUGUAUUGGGAAACAAGAAAAUGACGAUAAAAAAAGUAGCGUGCUGGAAGACCGAGAGAGAGAAAGAGAACAAUUGAGCAAAUACGAGAUAGAUAUAUAGAAAGAUAGAGAGUAUGCAAGACGGAAAAUGGUAUUGGAAAAGCUUUUGAAGCUUUGCAUGAAACGUCAUCAAUGGAAAUUAACCAGACCAGAGCAGACCACUGAAGGCAUUGGCACACUCGAUCAGCCAGCAGGUCAUUUGUGUCUCUGUCCGACGCUGAGACUGUGCAGUGGAUAUCGCGGAUCGAUCGAUCGCCGACGAACUGAUCGCAGACGGUGGCUAGCACGAGUAUCCAAACGCGUAUGGAGCAGUCAAUCACAACGUAGACAAAUUUAGUAUUCAGCGGCAUAUAAACGUAUUUCAAAUAUUUCUACAACACCCAACAAAGCGAUAAUUCUCAGAAAUACAAGUUCAAAAUCAAUUUUGCACACGCAAUACUUAAAAUAAAAUAAAAACAAAAGUAUAGCAAAACAAGCAAAAACACAAAACAAAACAAAAAAAUAGACGCUAAAUAACAAAAGGGAAUAAACUUCGGAGAAGUGCCGUGUUUUCGUUGUUAUACGUAUAUGCCAAAGUUUGCGAGGUCACUGAAAUUUUAACAAGUUUUUUGUUGUGAAUGCGUUUGUGUACAUAUGACAUAUGCGAAAUUUCGGCCAAAUCUACGGUAAUUAAUACGGAAUAGCAGUGCGCGAAUCGCUAGAAAACACUUGGGGCAACACACUCGAACCUUGAGUUGAGCCAAGAGCCGUGAAAAGUUGUGUAGCAACUCAGUGAAAGUUUAGUGUUCCGAACUGGCGGUAAUUAGUGAACAGGAAAUGAUGAAGCACGAUAGCAGUAUCAAGCCGAUACCUAUAGGAAAUCCAAGCAUAGCCACCGGUCAAGUUUCAGGCACUUCGUCAUUAAAGCGUGGACUGUGGCGAAACCGCAAUGAGGUGGAUGCGUCAGUUUGCGCACGAAGUCCCAUCACUAAGGCGUUUGAUUUCCUGCCUUGGGGACGCAACAAGAAAACUGCUGACAAAACACAGCAGCAACAACCACAGCUGCACCAGCAAAAGCAGCAGCCAAAACAACAGCCAUCAUCUGCCGCAAAGUCAACAAAUAGCAGCGCUCACAACAAUACCAGCAGCACAAGCACAAAUACUAAUGCCUCAACUACAAUUGCGACGGAUAAGGAUAAGGAGGCAGGUAUACAUUACCAUCGGAAUAUUUUUCGCAGCGGGGGUGGCCUUAUACGCGACAUUCUCGGCGGCGAUAAGUUGAAUAAAGAGAAAACCAGCAACAAUAAAUCGGAGCUGCCACUGAAAAAUUCCACCCAGCGCCAGAAGCCCAAGCAGGUAGUAGCGAGAAACAAAAGUUUAGAUAUACACGAACUUAUCAAUACUGUGGAGAACGAAUUGAGUGGGGAAAAGCAGAAGAAUGGGCGUAGUCAGUUCAUGGACGACACGUUCAUUGAGAAUAUUAUGCGUGCCAAGGAAGCUUACCGUCAGGCCAAUAACGAUUUGAUGGAUGAAGAAAAGCCAGAAGAUUAUAGAUUUGUGGAUGGCACCGAUGAAGUUGAGGGCGGUCGUCACGAACUGACGCAGCAAAGGCAACAACAUACCAGUGAUGAACAGCUAGAGUGUGUGCCCUCGGGCAGCAUCAGCAUUGGUGCCCCACCAUCGCGACAUAUUCUCUUCAACGACGAGGACAUUGUCUAUCUGAUAAAGAAAGAGCUUCCGGUCAAACGGGAAAUGAGCAAAACCAAACGUAAAGUAUCUACCAACCAUUCGCCAAUGAACGAAAAGGAGCAGCAGUCCUAUCAGCAAUACCAUCAUCAUUACCACCAGCAGCCACAGCAGCAACAGCAACAACAAAGAGAACGAGAACGAGACCAUGAACGUGGAAGGGACCGUCAGGAACGUGGUGAAAGUGUAUUGCGUACGCGUUUUAAAUUCAAGAAAUUGACACCGGAAGGCACACCACUGCCGGAGCGUAGAUCAACAUCGGCCCAAAUGCUCAACAAUCAACAGUGUCACAAUCAAAGCGACUACAAUGGUGUUGAAUAUGCCCAACCCAAUGCACGCAUGUACCAGACAUCAAGGUCGGUCAUUGAUAAUUAUGGCACAAACCUCAGUGAUUGUGGAAAGCGUAGCAUUCUGCAGCGACAAAACACUUCACCUGCUCUAAUUAGUUUGGCAGGAGAAAACGGUAGUGUAAAUGGAAAUGGAGGCAGCUACAGUCCAGAAAAUCGACGACGACACCAUCAACUGUUUCAGCGUGGCGAACAACGUGUACAGCUGCAACGCCGGAAAUCGUUCACAGACUACGACAACACACCACUAGGCAAUUGCAGUUCCAGCAGUAGUAUGGCAAGUGGCGGUGGCAGUGCUGGUGUGCCCAGCACCGAUCCACCGCGCGGAGAAAAACCUCGUAAGAAGCUCUCCUUUCGCGAACCAGUAGCAGAUAAGCCACGAAUACGACGUCGUAGCUCACCCCUACAGCAUUCACAAUAUAUCGGUGCCGAUGGCAAAGUUCAUGACAUGGACGCGACAGACGCGGCUGUUAACACUGCAAUGGACCUGAGUAAUGGGUUUGUCAAUACGAAUGCGAACAAAGUGAGCUGUGAUAAUUUGAGUUCCGGCAGCAAUAGCACAGCUUUAAUGGUCUUACCUGAUAACCGCAAUUACACUGCUCAGUUGAGCAACAUAACAGUAGACGCAACAGGAAACUGUUAUGUGGAUAAUGCUAAUUUAACAUUGGACUUUGAGUCACAGGCGAUGCGAAUUGUACGCACCGUCGGCCAAGCCUUCGAAGUAUGUCACAAGUUCAAUCUUCAUAAGAAUUCCUUGGAUCACAACGACGAACGCUCGGAUGUCUCAUCGGAGUUGCUAGAUGUUGAACGCAUUUCAGAACAGCAGUUGACAGAUGAUGAGGUGGACAAAAAAGAGCCAUUGACUGCUGUGACGGACAUAAAGCCCCCUCAAAGACCGAAUCAUCUGGAAUUGGUGCCACAGACCAGUUCAAAUAUGCGCAAAUCACCGAGUUUGCUGACUGCUGAUGAAGAUAAAUCACCUACUACACCCUCAUCACCGAGCCAUGAAAUUAGCAAACUAAAGGAUCAAUUGGAGCAACAGGCCAUACAAACGCGUCAGGCAUUGGCGCAAUUGAUGUUGGUACGGGAGCAGCUCAUAUCGGAAACGAAUGCGCGCAUCGAGGCGCAGGCACGCACUCAGCAACUGUUACAGCAGAAUCGCGAGCUGCUCGAGCAUUUGGCUUCACUGGGCGCCUAUAAUGAACAACAGAGCGCCGGACUGACAUCGGCCAACAUCGGCAUGGCACCACAGCUGCAAAUGUUUUUACAAGCUACUGGCAACAACAACAAUUUGGCUACCAUCAAUCAACAAAUCAACAGCCUUGGCUCCAUCAACCAGCAGCUAACAUCACUCAGUCAUCAGCUGAGUGGUUUGAAUCAGCAAAGUCAAAAUAUACAAAAUUUCCAGAAUAUUAAUGCAGCACAUCAACAACACCAACAGCAGCCAUCACCGCCGGCCUCAGUUGCUGUUCAACAACAGUUGACGCCACCCAGCUCAAACGCCUCAAUGCAACAUUUGAAUAUCGCCACGACGGCGAGAGCUGCCAAUAGCAGCAACAGCAGCACCAUCAACAACAACAGCAGCAACAACAAUACUGGCGGCAGCAACAGUUCAUUCCCCACAAUGAACCAAUUGCAAAGCAUUAGCAAUCAACUGCAGCAACUUAACGCGCAGGCUACGCAAUCACAGCAGGACGCGCUAUCCAAAGAUCUUUUUCAGGUCAAUCAGGAGCUGCUGAAUCGCCUACAGGCGCUUAACCUGGGCGCUAGUAAUGCCAACGCGCUAACGUCACUGACCAAUGCUCAGCAAACGCCCUCGCCUCGCAAUUCAUUCUUCUUCGUCAAUCCUAUGUCCUGCAGUCCGGCCAACAACAACAACACCGCUAGCAAUUUCAAUUUCCUCAGCUCGCCAAGCACGCUGUCGGGUCAGCUGACUCCAUCGCCGAUGAGCACACUCACGCGCAAUUCAUAUACACAUAGCCCACAGCUACAACAGCAAAACGAAGCGGAAGCGUUACGACUUAGCAGCAUCGAUCAGAAUUUGAACAACCUUAUAGACGAACAACUGAUGAAGCCACUAAGCGGGCCAAUAGUAUCGGCCAGUUCUAAUGGCAACAUAGCCGCGAGCAGUACCUCUGGUACGCGCGAAUCUAGCCGCUCCUCGUCGACGCUGGACUCAACAUCGCCAUCAUCGCCACGCAUACGCAGUGCCAACAACGAGCCACGCUUCAACACAGUGAUGCUAAAGGUCACCGACGAAGCGGGCAACGUGACUAACCAGCGAAAACUCUCGGCCACUCCGAGUUUCAUACAGCGCAGCACCAGCGAAAAAGUGCCAAAUCGGAGCCAAAUUAUGAGCCAGGUACAACGCACAGCUUGGGCGCGUCACACCACCAAAUAACAGCAGGAAACAGGCAAAGGCGGCAACAGCUGUGUGGAUGGCAUUAUAAUAGAGAUCUAGUUGGGACUAAGUAGGGUGGGUGGGAUUUUUAUCAAUACACAAUAAGGCAGAGUAGCGUUGGGCGUUCAAUGUUGUCGAUUGUGCUUCAGAAAUAAAAUUUUUCUUAUACAUACUUAUAUAGUUAUAAAAGUAGGUUAUGUUAAAAAUACUCAUACAUACAUAGAUACAAAUACUUAUGUAUCUUAAGGGAGUAUUACAUACAGAUGAUGCGAUAGAUUGGUCCAUCGUAGAGAAAUUUCAUAUCUAUUAGAAUUAGUGCAGUCCAUUAAUAAACUGGUAGGAAGCUCCAAAGAACUUCAAUUAAUAAAUUUAGUUACUGUAACACGGCUUGUUUUUUAUUGUAACAGUUUUUAUUUAGUUAACAGUAUUAAUAUGUACCAAAAAAUGUAAAGUGAAAUUUAAGUUUAAAAUUUGUUGGCUUUAAAUUGAAAAUUUGAAUUUUUUGAUGCUUACAGUGAGAGGGUUUUAAACAAAGUAGAGGUGGUCUCCGUGAAUUUCGGUAUUGUCAAUUACAGGUUCUGACCUCAAAUAUGUCAACACUAAUCUUGAGAAACGACCAAUGAUUAAUGGCCCGCAUUUUAAGCGCACUGAAAUAUUAGAGAUUGGUUUCGUUUGGUUGGAAAGUCACAUCGGAAUAUGUAUACAUAUAUAUGUAUGUAUGCGUUAUGUUAAUACAUGAAUGAAGGGAGCUCCAUUGCUAUUAUUCUUGUUUAAAAAACGGAUAUCUGAUAUAUUUUAAUGUAUAUUUGGCAGAGCGUUGCCAAUUGGAGUUUUGUGGACGAGGGAGUAAUUUUGCAUCGUAAUAGUAUAUGUGAGAUUCGUAUACAAAAUGUUUGCUUUUAUUAUGGAUGAAAUUGAAAAAGUCUUGAUAUCUUAGCAUUCUUUUAUUUUCGACAUUUCCAGUUUUGUUUUACUUCAUCUUCGAGACGUAUAAGGUCGAAAAAAGUUCUGAUCAAAAAUCCCUCGUUUUUGAAAUUUGUCUUCUAAAUAACACUGCACAACAGCAUUUCUGAUGAUUGGGUUAUGAUACAUGUUUUUAGUCCAAUUUGUAAUGACAAUUUCAAAUCUGUAACUGAAAUUCCUGUAUCAGCUCUAUAUGACACAUUUGACUUUUUGUAAUAUAUUAAAACACUAUAGAUUUAAAGAUUAUUUUAUUUUAUUGCCUUCUUAAGUUUAAAAAAAUUUUCUUUUAUAUGAUUUCCUUGCUGAAGUUGAAGGCAUAGAACUGUUGUUAAUGCUCCAACAAUCGUCGGCCAUCAUGUGUAUGUUCCACUAACCUUGAUAGCGUUCCUCCAUCGUACGAAGGUCCUGGUGGAAUCGCUCGCCCUGUUCUUCGCUGAGAUCCCCAAGAUUGGCUGGAAAAUAGUCCAGAUGGUUGUGAAGAAAGUGUAACUUAAUGCUCAUAUUACAUCCAACCGUUUGGAAGUGACCCAUUAGUUGUUCGAUGUGCUGAGAAUAGUCAGAACUUUUCUUAUUUCCUAAGAAAUUUUGAACAAGCCAAACAAACUCAUUCCAUGCCAUUUUCUCAAUCGCUGUCAUAGUGUCUAUGAAAUUUGAGUCUUUUAUUAACGACCUUAUCUGUGGCCCGUCAAAAAUACCCGCUUUUAUCUUUUCUGCACUCAAUUUUGGAAACUUUUUAGACAGAAAAAGAAAACAAUUUCCAUUUUUGUCAAGAGCUUUAACAAAUUGUUUUAUAAGCCCCAGUUUUAUAUGUAACGGAGGUAAAAUUAUACGGUGGGUUUAUCACGUUCUGUUGUCCUGGUACUAGCGCUUCCCGAGCAGGCCAAUUUUUUUUAAUCCAAUGUUGAUUUUUAGCUCUACUAUCCCAUAAGCAAAGAAAACAGGAAACUUUGUGUAACCACCUUGUUGGCCUAAAAGAAAGUUUACCAUUUUUAAAUCGACACAUAUGACCCAAUUGUGUUCCGCAUAUUUAAUUUUGUCUAAAACCAGAACAAUAGUUGUAUAUUCUUCUUUUACUUUAGUAGAAUGUGCAAUAGGCAAUGAGUCCAAUUUCUUCCCAUUGUGUAAGAGAACACAUUUUAAACUCCGUUUUGAUGAACCUAUAAAUAAACGCCACUCACUCCCAUUGCAGCCAGUAAACCAGGUACAUUUUUACAAAAUACAAAGUCAUCUUCUUCAGCAAAAUAUUCAAGGAAAGUUUCCCAGAUCUCUAAUGAGGUCGUUUAAAUCAUCUUGGUUAAAUGGUUUUGGUGUUCCCAGGUCACAAUCAAAGUCACUAUCGCUAUUGUCUGUUUUUGCCUCAAAAUGUAAAGGUUCUUCCUGUGAAGCACCAGGUUGAGGUACAGAUGACAUCGUAGGGCUCAAAACACGUCUAUGUGCCAAUCGUAUGGAAGGAUAUUCCCAUUUGCCUCGAUGUUUUCAGUUAAUGCCAGUUAUUUUUACCAUACAGAAAUAACAGUCGUCGUGGUGGUUCACAGGUUCAAUCCAGAUCAUAGCAGUUUCGUAUCUAAAUUUAUUCCUUUCUUAUUCGUCCACAAAACGUAGAAACUCAACGCACGUUUUGCAUACCUUUUGUGAAAUCCAAGGCUUAUUUUUCAUUUCCAUUGGGUGACCGAAGUAAAUUUUGUACGCCUCAUUUACGCACGAUGUCACAUUCAAACGGUUUUCUUGAAACGUAUAUGUUUCUCCGCAAAUAAAACAAAAACUAUUCCGGUCAUUUAUACAAACUCGUCUUGACGAUGCCAUAACAAAUAAUAUUAAGAAAACUUAAUAUUUGUUUAAAUAUUCGUCAAUUAACACUGAAAUAUAGUGAAUUUUUUGUGAUAGCUAUAACUCGUAAACAAGAGCUGUUACAAAAAAAUGAGGAUAUAUUUAGAAUCAGCGUUGUCAAAUUAGUAAACAUCAAGUAUCAAAAGUCAUUCAUCAGACAAAAAGUGCGAUUUUGUUUU